ACUACUUUUGUGGUUUCGCAUAUCGCAAACGAGUGUGUUUAUAUUAUAUUUUCAAUUUUUUGUUUUGUGAUCAAUGGAAAAAAAGUGCAAACUUUGUUUUAGAAGUUUCUCUAAUGGAAGAGCAUUGGGUGGACAUAUGAGAUCACACGUGAUGAACCUACCAAUUCCUCCAAAACCAAAAGGGUCACCACCACCAACGAUCCAACUCAGUUUCGAAGCCGAGUCAGCUUCAUCUCCUUCAUCAUCUUCUUCCUAUGGCCUAAGAGAUAAACCAAAGAGAAGCUUUCUAUUCACAGAUCCCAAUCAAUUCAUCGAGUCGAGUUCCGAAAUUCUCCAAGACAGAGAGAGCGAAACCGAGUCGUCAAAAAAUCCAACUCGGCCACGAUCCAAACGAGUCAAGAAACUCGACACCGUGAAACCGAAUGAGUCGGUACUGAGUUCCGCUUCGGAUAUAACCACUGAAGAAGACAUCGCUUUAUGUCUCAUGUUGUUGUCUCGUGACAGUAACAACAAUUGGAAAACAAAACCACAAACACAACCAAAGCAUCAAGAAUACGAAGAAGAAAAACAAAAAAGUGAUGAAAAUGAAGACGAAGAAGAAGAAAGUGAAGCUGAACCUGAGGAAAUUAAACCAUUUAAGGCGAAAAAUACGAAGAAAUUACGAGCAAGGUAUAAAUGUGACACGUGUAAUAAAAUGUUUCGUUCAUAUCAAGCACUUGGUGGGCACAGAGCAAGUCACAAGAAAAUUAAGUUGAUUAAUGAUGAAAUUGGUGUUGAUUCAGAAGAAGAGAAAAUUAAUAUUAAUAAUAUUAAUGGUGAAAGUAAAAUUCAUGAAUGUCCAGUUUGUUACAGAGUUUUUAAUUCAGGUCAAGCACUUGGUGGACAUAAGAGAACACAUGGUAUUGUUGGAUCAACAACAAUAGCGACGGUUACAACAAACUCUGAGGUACGAAGUUCCGUGAAGUUUGGAAACAGUUUCAUAGAUCUAAAUCUUCCUGCUCCUACGGAUGAUGAUGAUGAUGAUGUUAGCCAAAUUGAAGGUUCUGCUGUUUCCGAUGCAGAAUUUGUCUAACCUCGUUAACAACUCAAGGUUGAAAAAAAAAUAGAAAAUUUCCUUUUGUUUUAGAGUUUAGUUUUUGUGGUUAAGCUAUGAUGGAUCCAAAGGUACAAAAUUUUGGUUCUGUUUUUUUUUUUUUUUCCUUUUCUUUUCUUAUAAUUUUAGAUUUGAUAAUUGCUCAACUCAUCCAAUUGAGUUAUAUGGUUACUCCAUAGUUCAUACUUUUUUAUUUAUAUAAUAAUUUUAUAUUAUAAUAAAGUUUCUUAGAUUCUAACUGUAA